UCAAAAUGACACCAAUCGGAGUUGCGAAAGGAAGCUCGAAUUACACCCAUUUCAAGUCACGAAAUAAACUUCCGGCGUUGCAUUACUACAAGACAUCCAAACCUCGCUCAAAGUUACCGCAGUCACAGCUACAGAAGUCGGUUCAGAACGAUAUUCGGUAUGUGAAUCUUCACUUGACUGAAGAAACUCAGGAUUUUCUUCAGGCAUCGAAAUCUCCGAAGGCUCUUCAGAAUCCUUUGAAGGGGCCUUCGAAUCCCGUCAAACUUAAGUAUUCCAAGUCCUUGAGCCAAAUUCCUCAAAUUAAGAAGACAAAAGUCCCAAAAGAGCCAUUUACAAAGAAUUUGAGGGAUGUGGGAAUAGGGAUUAGAAUGAGUGAGGAAGAGUCUAGAAGUGAAGAUAAUAGUAUUUCAGAAGAUGUUUCAAAGAGUUCGAUUGAGGUUGUGAGUAAAGUGAUGAGAAAAACAGAGCAAGCUAAAUCACAAACAAUUGUAGUAAAAAUAGAAGACAACUGAGAAGGAACAAGCCAUAACUCGAGCAUUGUCGAACCCUCUGGAGAGGAAAAAGACAGUAUCAACAAACAAGAAAGCUCUCAGAAGGAAACCAUCACUUGCGAAAUUGUCACUAAAUAAACCCGAAAAGGUGACCCUGCCUCAGCUCAAAAAGCAUCCAGCUAUCACCCCAACAAACUUGACUGACCUUGAGAAGAGAGCUAUCAAGGCUGCUAAAAUCCAGAAUGCUGUGUUCAAGGUCCUUGGCAACCCUAACAACAAGCUUGAUGAAUAUUUCUCCAAAAUAAAGCAAGCCAACCAAAAGUCUCAACAAGAAUCUCUUAAUGACCGAUAUCACAAGAUUCUAAAAGGGAUCGCUGACCAAAAAGAGCCGCUCACUAAGCCAAAGUUUAGUCUAAAUGAUCUUGACCUGCUCAGGUCUAUCCAAGAGUUUGGACAUGAUUUCAUGCCUUUUCCCUCUGACCUACAGCUAGUACCUUUCCUAUCGGAUGUGAAACCCGUCUCUAAAGCUCCAAGCAAGGAGAUAGAUAUGCCAUCUGCUGAUCUAGUCCAAGUCCUUGAGAACAAAAUUGAUCCGUUUAAUGAGGAAUUCAGUGAGAUCAAUAACUCUUUGAACAAAAAAUGGCUGCCCUCUGCAGCCUCGGUUCCAAAACUAGACCUGCAGAAAAUGACCUCUCCAAAAGCACUAGACCUGCCUUGUAGACAAGGUGAUGACGAUGUCCUUGAGAAAUGGCUCAUCGACCAAAAAGUUCACUUCAAGCCGUUUAGAGCUCAUUACGGUCACGAAAUAGAGAACAUUAAGAAGUACAAGUAACAAGGAACCCAACCUUGACCUCAAGACAGGGAUGAACAAUUUGGUGAGGAACAGUGUUGUGGCAUCAGCUGGGUCUUCACUACCCUCUAUAUCCCAAAAAGCCCAGAAGACAGAAGACAUUGAGAAAUUGCCGUUAAGUAGCCGUCUAAAAAAGAUCAGUUUUGCUCCUGAAAUAUCAACUCAGAGGUUGCCAAAAUCUCCAAUGUCACCAUCGAGCCAGACUUCUUCCAAAAUUGACGACUUGUUAUCCUCGUUCAUGUCGGAAGCGUCCUACGAAACUCGAAUGAAUUCGUUUCCCAAGAAGAUGAGAAAAAUUGCCCAGCUAAAAUAACAUAGUAGAGUACACGAACAAGAACAAAUUCGAGGACCUCAAGACCCGUCCUCUGAUCCAAGGUGAGAUCACCUUGGGGGAUCUCCUCAAGGAGACAGACAAAGCCUCCGAAGUCACCCCAAGCAAGACCAUCAAGGCUAGAGAAAGAACCACUGCAGAAGUUCUUUAUGGCUUCGGCAAUUACUCGAAGAGUAUCAUUAUUGAAGAAGACUCCAACUGCAUUAGCGAUUCCAAAAUUGAAAGCAGAAUUUUAGAGAAAAGUUCGUUCAUGAAGUAGACAUUUCAAUUGUAUACAACAAUGUGAGAAAGGACAACACUGGAUGUAUUUCUUGUAGACUGUACCUUUUAGAGGGAUCUAUCGCUCUUUGGUCUGGCUCAGGAAUCAUCCGCUCUGUGUGCUUCCCACUCGGCUAAAUAAAAUUGUUCAAAUUGAAUUAUUCAAUGC